GCGCCGCUGACUCCUCCCCGCUCCACUGUGCUGCUGGUCCCGCCGCUCGGUUACGCUUCCAUCGCCGGCCCCGCCGCCCCCACCGCCGCCACCAUGCCCAUGUUCACCAUCUACACCAAUGUCUGCAAGGACGCCGUGCCCGACAGCCUGUUGGGCGACCUCACCCAGCAGCUGGCCAAGGCCACUGGCAAGCCCGCGCAGUACAUAGCUGUGCACAUCAUACCCGACCAGAUGAUGUCCUUUGGGGGCUCCACUGAUCCCUGCGCGCUCUGCAGCCUCUACAGCAUCGGCAAAAUAGGAGGGCAGCAGAACAAGACUUACACCAAGAUGCUGUGCGACCUGAUCUCGAAGCACUUGCACGUAUCUGCAGACAGGAUCUACAUCAACUACUUCGACAUGAAUGCUGCCAACGUGGGCUGGAACGGCUCCACCUUUGCGUAGAGCUCUCCCGUCUGUCUGAAGAGGCUGUUCCUGGACUCCCUGCACCCUGCCCUGUAGCAGAGA